AUGGAAAGUUACGACUGGAAGUCCACCCUCAAGCUAAACAUCCAAUCAUUAAAAAUAAUGGGACUGUGGCCCCAUAACCUGACGUAUAAAUUGAAUUUAUACGUGAUGUGCACUUUUUUUUUGUACACGUCGUUCAUCAUCUGCCACGUGUUUUUUCAAGCAAUUAACAUUUAUUUCAUGCGGGAUAAUUUAUCCGCCGUUGUCGGAAUUAUCUACAUUCUACUAAUCAAAAUUCUGAGCGGCUUCAAAGGUUACUACCUCAUCAAAAACAUGGGAUUGCUUAAACAAGUUUUGGAAAUUCUCGACGACGAUAUUUUUCGACCCAAAACCCCCAAUCAAGAGGAAAUAAUUAAAUCGAACGUGCGUUUUUGGAAAUUUGUUCGAAUGUUGUACGUGUCCACGUGUUACGGAAGCAACUUAUUCUUCGGUAUAUAUCCCCUUUUUGACAAAUCUUCUGAAGAAAGAAGACUCCCGUUUUUGGCUUGGUACCCAUUCGACAGCAAAGUUUCGCCUUUUUACGAGAUUACCUACACUUAUCAAAUGUUUGCUGUGGUGUAUAACACAAGUGUGCACAUUCACGUCGAUUCGUUAAUUUGUGUUUUUAAUGUGUAUGCUAGUUGUCAGUUUGAGAUUUUAACCGAUAGUUUGAAGAAUUUUGGCAAGGAGAGUGAAAAGUUUGCUGGAGAAAAUAGCACGAUGCUUGUGAAAUGUAUCAAGCAUCAUAAAUCCAUUCUAGAGUAUGAUUGGACAUAA